UUUUUAGCGCUGUCCUUUAAAGGGGCUUCUCCUCCAUUAAAGCUCCUCCUGCUUCAUCAUUCUCUCUCUCUCUCUCUCGUUUCAGUGAAGAAAGCAAAUAAUUUUAGAGAGAGAAAGCAAAAUGAAUUUAGGAAUGUAUGCAGAUACUGGACUCAUGUUCCCUUAUUUUCACCAGAACUUCUGUCAAGAAGUACACCAACUUGAAGAGUUUUGUCGUUCUCACAAAUCAAAUAUUCCAAUGGGCAACCUGGUUCAGACCUCCAGCAUAUCAGAGUAUGACUUGGGGGGAGAAGGGGAUCUAUUCAAAGCUCCAGAACCCAUUAUUGAAGAACCAGCUGUGGGCCUUGAUCCCAUGACAGCUGCCAUUUCAAUGAUCUCUUGCGGGGAAGAUGUCAUAUCCCCGCAAACACUCAAGGUUGUGGAUAUUGAAUCAAUUCAAAAUGAGCAACUUUUGAGUGAGGUUUUCUAUGAAUGUAAGAAGGAUCUCUUGGCAAAAGAUGCUAUCGAAACACCACUUUCUGAUGUAUUAGAUAUAAAGAUUCCUGUUGUAGGGACAGAUGAAAACCUUAUUGCAGAGGACAAAGUGUUUCCUGAAGGGUCAUUUCAGAAGAGCGUUAGCUCAGGAUGUUUAAGCUCAAUGGAGCAUAUACCUGGGGCUCCAAUGAGGCCAAACUUUCUGGAUUUUUCUGGAAUGGACCUUGGUGCUGUUUAUGGGUUGCGAAGGGCAUUCAGUGAAGGCGACAUAAAGACUCUUUCCAAUGGCAAUGUGAGCCUCAUCCAUUCUCCCCUUGGGCUGCCACAAGUUAUCAGCAACUGUACCACUGAAGACCGCUGGCAAAAGCUUUCCAGAUACAGGAACAAGAAGUCAAAGAGGAAUUUUGGUAGGAAAAUCAAGUAUGCUUGCAGAAAGGCUCUGGCUGAUAGUCAGCCAAGGAUUCGCGGAAGGUUUGCAAAGACAGAAGAAUCUGACAUUUCCAAGAAGCAAUGACUGUUGACCUAUCUGCCUACGUACACCAGUAUGAAGGAAUGUUGGAGUGGAAGUAGCAAGAAAAAAAUGCCAGUUAUGAACGAAUGAGAGUAACAGUAAUGUAUUAAGCCUGUGUCUUAAAGCUCAGCAGAAGCUUAAAACGGGUUUUGCUCAAUAAGAAGGAUCCCCAACCACCGGCGAGCGAGUUGAUCUCUUAUGUUCUGUAUUGUAAUUAUAAUAAUCUGUGUAGAUCAAAAUGUCCCGACUGGGGUUGUAUAUAGUGUUUGUGGAAUAAAAGAAGUCAAUAGUGUUGCACUUGUUCUACAUAAUCCGCUCAAAUGAAGGUUACUCUUUUGUGACUUUGGAAUAUAUAACAAUGUGGAAAGAGUAUAUUAUGAUCAUAAUCAAAAUUUGUAUCCAA